GGUUCCAGACUUCAGAACAAAGCAAGGAACAACCUAAAACAACUAAACCAGUCAGGCAGAGAAAGACCUCCACCGGCCAGUUGAACAGAAAUGUUCGGAUUUGGUGCUUAUCAGACCCCUCGUUACCUUUCUAUGAUCACUCCACUCACUUCUUAAUUCAGAUUCAAAUCCCUUUCCAGAAACCCAAUAAUCCCACAUAUUCUCUAGUUUCAGAAGUUAUUUUGAUUUUAGAGGGGAUCCAAGAAAAUGGCUACCAAUUCCUCCAAUGGGGAGCACCAGACUACAACAAAGCAGCCUCCUUUGCCAUCCCCUCUGCGUUUUUCCAAAUUUUUUCAGUCGAAUAUGAGAAUCUUAGUUACUGGAGGAGCUGGAUUCAUCGGUUCUCACCUGGUUGAUAGAUUAAUGGAAAAUGAAAAGAAUGAGGUUAUUGUUGUUGAUAACUAUUUCACUGGCUCCAAGGACAAUCUUAAAAAAUGGAUUGGUCAUCCCAGAUUUGAGCUUAUUCGUCAUGAUGUCACUGAGACAUUGUUGGUUGAGGUUGAUCGGAUAUACCAUCUUGCAUGCCCAGCUUCUCCAAUUUUCUACAAAUAUAAUCCUGUAAAGACAAUAAAAACAAAUGUGAUUGGCACUCUAAACAUGCUUGGACUUGCCAAGCGAGUUGGAGCGAGGAUUUUGCUGACAUCAACUUCAGAGGUAUAUGGAGAUCCCCUUGUGCACCCGCAACCUGAGAGCUAUUGGGGUAAUGUUAACCCAAUUGGAGUGAGGAGCUGCUAUGAUGAGGGCAAGCGUGUUGCUGAGACUUUGAUGUUUGAUUAUCAUCGGCAACAUGGGAUAGAAAUACGCAUUGCCAGAAUCUUCAACACAUAUGGCCCUCGCAUGAAUAUUGAUGAUGGGCGUGUAGUUAGCAACUUUAUAGCUCAAGCACUUCGGGAUGAACCUUUGACGGUCCAGAACCCUGGAACUCAGACUCGCAGUUUCUGUUACGUAUCUGACAUGGUUGAUGGCCUCAUCCGUCUCAUGGAAGGAGAGCACACUGGACCCAUAAACAUUGGAAACCCAGGUGAAUUUACAAUGCUUGAACUCGCAGAGACAGUGAAAGAGCUCAUCAACCCACAAGUAGAGAUUAAAAGGGUGGAGAACACUCCUGAUGACCCAAGACAAAGGAAACCCGACAUCACAAAGGCAAAAGAAUUGCUGGGAUGGGAGCCAAAAAUAACGUUAAGGGAAGGUCUGCCUCUAAUGGAGGAGGAUUUCCGUCUGAGGCUUGGAGCAGCCAAAAAGAACUGAUUGUCUAUUACUGGAAAUAUAGAUGAUUGGGCUUUUGGCCAUGGAAUGGGUUUUUGACGAGGACAGUGCUUGGGUACGAGUAUGUUACAGUGCUGGAGGUGAGUAUGAGUAUGUUCGUCUCCAACAGCUUGGAUCACCAAAUUGUGCUUAUUUGUGUGUUUUAUUUCAUUGUGCUAUAAUAGAAAAUAAGAAUUAGGUGAACAACUUCUUUUCCUUGUUUCUUACUUCAAAAUGUGGGAUUCAGCACCGUUCUAUAAUACAAAGUUGUGUUCUCAAUCAAGUCUGCUAAUAGGAACCCCCCAAUUUUGUUAUUGCAAUAGUGAAAUUGUACAUUCUUGUUCAUUUACAUAUUCUUAUCGAUCUUCAUAGUCACAACCUAUAAUUCUGAAGUGCAAGAAUGUUAAUCAUUCAAUGCUCAGCUACACACAAAAAGAAUCUAAUGCACACAAAAAGGAAUCUAAUGAUGGCUCAAGACACAUUACAUAAAAUAAAAUUUAACAAUUCCAUUCAAUUUUAGAUGUACAAAAGUUUGUAACAGUCGGUUUUCCUACACAACUUUCAUUAUCCCACUUCACAGGAUCAUCCAUGCAACUGAAGUCAGCAAACUGCCCAAACAGAUGAAGCCAGCCUUGCAUUGCAAGAUGACCCAUG